AUUAUCAGCCUCCGGCCGAUAGUCUACAUCAAUCGUCUCGACAAUGUACUUCUUAUGAAUGUAAAUAGCUGUAACCUGGUAAACACUAUCGGAUCUGUAGGUACAGGACAUAAUCUGGAAACCUAUUCGGAGAAAGUCGUGUUUCACAAAGCAUGAUAAUAUCUACAGUAUGUUGUCUUGCAGAUCGCUUGUUUGGCCAAUGAGGUGAGCGCCUGGACACCGGACACUUGUAGCCCCGCGGCUCCCCCCACGCUGCGACGGGCCCCAGGCGGGGAGACGCGGACCGCUCAGUCGCGCGCGGGGCAGACAGCAUGAGGCUGGGCGCCGCUAUCCCCGACUUUCCCGCGGACACCACCCAGGGGCCCAUCCGCUUCCACGACUGGCUGGGCGACUCGUGGUGCGUGCUGUUCGCGCACCCAGCCGACUUCACGCCCGUGUGCACCACGGAGCUGGGCAAGAUGGCCGCCUACGACCGCGACUUCCGGGCGCGGGGAGUGAAGCUGCUCGCGCUGUCCUGCAACAACCUGCGGGACCACUCCUGGUGGCUGGACGACAUCAGGACCUACUGCCUGGACAUGCCGGAGGAGUUCCCCUACCCCAUCAUCAGCGACGAGCGGCGCGAGCUGGCCGUGCUGCUGGACAUGGUGGACGAGGAGGGCAGUCGCGACCCGGAGACCGCGCUCGCGGUGCGCUCGCUCUACGUCAUCGGGCCGGACAGGAGGCUCAAGCUGUGCAUGCUGUACCCCAACUGCACCGGCCGCGACGUCGACGAGAUCCUGCGCGUGGUGGACUCCCUGCAGCUGACGUCACGCCUCAAGGGGGUCGGCACCCCGGCCGACUGGACGCCGGGAGCCCGGGUGCUGGUGCUGCCCGAGGUGGAUGACGAGGACCUGCCCGCGCUGUUCCCUGGGGGCGUGGACACGGUGGCUCUGCCCUCGGGGCGUAACUACCUGCGCACCGCCGCCGACCCCUGCUGCCAUGCGCACUACCUGGUGCCGCGCGGCCCGCCGCCUCUCUGAUCACCACAACAGCACGGCAAACAACUCACGACGCUAUUGUGUAUUAUUGUUAUCAUGGUAUUAAAUUUAAUGUUUUCCUCGA